GAUGUUGCUCUGCGGUUAGGCAGAAGCGCAGUAGCGGAGGGAGCGCCAAGUGCAGGGGAGCCGUCACUCAGCCACUGCCGCCAAAGUGUCAGAAGAGACCCGUAAACGAACAACCAGAGAAGGAACAAUCAGCCUCACAUCGGCAGGACAAUGGCAGACCUGGACCUGAACGAUGCCCUGAGUGACAGCAUACUGCAGUCCGACCCCGAAAACAUGGUGCAGAGGGACUUUGUUGCCACCUUGGAGGCUGAGACAUAUGACGACAAGGUGGGGGAGACCGUGUCCAAGACGGACUAUGUCCCCCUGUUGGACAAGGAUGGGGAGCGGCAAGAUGGAGAGCCAGUGCUGGAGAAUGGACAGCAGGAAACCCAAGGGCCAAAGAUGCCCGGUUUUGCAGUGACACAGGGUGGACAGGGAGCCGCACAGCAUCCGGAACCACAAGAGAAGGUUUUGCACCAUUCGACAGAACAGCCGGUGCCCUCAGCUGAGUUUCUUUCAGGCCCAUUCUCAGCAGCAGGCUACCCUGAGCACUGGGGCACCCACCUCAGAGCUGCUCACAUGGACACUGGCCUGACAGGUCUUUCUCAGCCGGGGCCGGCAGCCGCCGUGGACGCUGGGGUGGCUCCGCUUCCUAUACAGAGACCCCCUGCUGUAGCAGAUGAGUCCUUGAAAGAGCCGUCGCUCACUGGAGAGCCCCAGGUGGCCUGCGCGUUGAAAGGGGACAGUUUUACAGGCGACCCCAGUGCUGCUACAGACCCCAGCUCAGGAGUCUGGUGUGACCCCUGGGGGGUUGAAGCGGGGUUACAGGUGAAUUUGCCCUUCACCCCCAGCGUCUCCACAGUGAUCAGCCGCCACACUAGCCAGAUAGCAGGGGGAUCACGAGAACCACCAGAUGGCCACUGGCAGUGUGCGCCUGCUGCUGGGGUCUGCGAAGAGAGGGAGUUUGAGGGGUCAGAUCGGAAGCAGCAGCAGAAGAAGAAGAAGAAGAGGAGACCCCGAGAUAAUGUUUAUGAGUUUCUGGAGAGCCAGGGCCCUUCAGACUUUCAAGAAGUCCGAACCGAAAAUCGCACGCCACGGAGGGAUGUUGGCUGGGAGCGUGAGGAAGGUGGAAGAAGCGGUGUUAGAGUGAAGAAAGGCAAAGGCAGAAAGAAGAUCCCUGAGGAUUGGGGCCUGCCCCCAGAAACUCAACUCCAGGAGCUGACUGCAAACUUGGCCAUCUACCCUCAGGGUAUGGAGGAUGUUACACCUAGCUUCCAGAAGCCCCUAGUCUGUCCUGCUGAGGCUUCCUCCUUUCCGCUGGAGUUGGAUGAAGACCUAACUUCUGCCAUGCCUCCUUCUCUUGUUGAGGACUUGCUGUCCCUCACAACUGCGGUCCCCUCUAUCCCUUCCAGUCCCCCUGCCACCACCCUUGAGCUGGCAUCCCACAGCCAGGUGAAUGAGGAUGUCACCAGUCUGGGAAGCUUCCUUCCCACUGAGCACGAUUCUGAGGUAGCUCCACUCAAAGCAUGCGACAAGAUGGAACUCUGCAUUCCCCUUAACCCCUCAGAUACCUGUGGCCCUAAGCAGGAGGCUCCACACACACCUGCCAGUAAUCUGGCCUUCCACAACGGUGGUGAGAGAGCUGUGUCUAUGCAGACUGACCCAAUUACAGAUUCGUUGAAGAGCGAGACUCCAGCAACUGAGCUUGACGAUUCCUGGCCCAACUUGCUUGCUGCUGAAGCAGCUCCCGUUGUAUCCUCAUCCAGUGAGCUGAAUGAAGGUACCACCUCUACAUCCUCUCAAGAGGCCACCAGUAUGACUUCUGAACAGACACUUCCAUCUGAAGAUGCUCAUGGCUUUGAAAAGCCCAUCUCUCUCAGCGGCGAUGCUGCUUCUGGAUCCCUCCUGCUGGAGGAGGACACUUUGCCUGCCCUGCCUCCUGUCUCUGCUGCUGAAGAUGCCUCUCUGUACUCCUCUGAGCAACAAAAAGGGCCUGAAUCACCAUUAGAGCAGCAAUCCGAAAAUACCUGCCCUGCCAAAGGCACCUCAUCACCACAGUCCGAACAGCUGCCAACCCAGACACCCCUGGAUGCCAGCCCCACCCAGCCACCCACUGAAGCCCUCAUGGGUCUGAGCUCGACCCUGAACCCUUCAGCUCCACCCUUCUUCCCCAGCUCCCCAGUGGCUACCCUUGAUGGAGGAAAAGAGGCAACGGGAUUUGUCGUAUGCACAGAGCAGGAAGUGAAUGCAGAAAAGACAGAUAAACAGGAGAAGACUAAGAAUACUGACAUAUACCAGAAGACUGAUGAAUUGGCUACACCUGAGAAAAAGCCAGAUGGAGGGGAGAAGCUCGAGAAGAAUGACAAACCUGGGAACACAGGAGAACAGAAGAAAGAGAGUACAGAUAAAGCAGAAAAUAUGGAUAUACUGGGAAAGACAGACAAAAACAGACAACAGAUGGAGAACACCGAAAAGCUAGAAAAGGUUGAUAAGGUGGUGAAGGUGGAUAAGUUGGAGACUGAAAAAGUGGAGAAGGUGGACAAAGUAGAUAAGACAGAUAUUAAGCUGGAGAAGACAGAUAAAAUAGAUAAGGUGGAAAAUAUAGACAAACUAGAUCAGAUAGCCAAGGCUGGUACAGCUGAGAAGACUGAUAAGGUAGAGAAGAUGGAUAAAGAAGAGAAGGCUGAUAAGAUGGAGAAGACAGAUGGUAAAACAGAGAAGGUGGACAAAGUAGAAAGUACAGAUAGUAAAGUGGAAAAGACAGACAAUAAGGUGGAGAAGGUAAAUAGUAAAGCAGAGAAGUCUGAUAAAGCUAAGGCAGACAGUAAAGCAGAAAAGACGGAUAUGUUUGAUAAGAUAAAUGAGGUGGAGAAGACGGACGAUAAAGUGGAGAAGGUGGAUAAAGUAGAGAAGACGGACAGUAAAGCGGAGAAGGUGGAUAAAGUAGAGAAGAUGGACAGUAAAGCGGAGAAGGUGGAUAAAGUAGAGAAGAUGGACAGUAAAGCGGAGAAGGUGGAUAAAGUAGAGAAGACGGACAGUAAAGCGGAGAAGAUGGAUAAGGUAGAGAAGAUGAACAAGGCAGAGAAAACUGAGAAGUUAGAGAGGAUUGAAAAGUCAGAACAGAAAACAGACAAGACAGGGAAAUUGGACGAGACUGAAAAAGUAGAUAUAGUAGGGAAGAAAGAUAUGGUGGAGAAGGCAGACAUGGCACAAAAAGCUGACAAAAAUGACAAAACUGCUAAAGUGGACAAGAAGGAGAAGCCCAGUACAGCAGAGAUAUCUGGAAAGAAGGACGCCAGCGGUAAAAUACAGGACAAAGCUGGGAAAGCAGCCGGUAAAUCUGCUGCUGCAAACGCAGUCAGUGUGGCACCAAAGAAGGACGCAACCAGCCCAGAAAAAAAGACCAAGCCCAGUGCUGGUUCAGCCAAACCGAGCCCUACCAAGCCACGUGCUAAUGGGCUAUCUGCUGGCACAACCGCCCCCAAACGCCCAUCCCCUACUCUCAGUUCCUCCUCUGCUGCUGCCAGCAAAAAAAGCCCCAUGCCUAAAGUAACCAGCCCCACCGCUGGUACCAGGCGGCCGCCAUCCACGGCCAGUCGUCCCCCUUCCACCUCUACAGCAGCGUCACACGAGGCCAAGUCAAAGAAUGAAGUCCACACAGCAGAGAAGCGCCCCCCCGCAGCUUCCCAGGCUCAGUCCGCGGCACCCAAAAACAGUUCCACCACAGCAGCUCCCACUAAGCCAGCUGGGGCACCUCGUGUUCCCCCAUCUACACGGCCCUCGCCCAGCACUCUCGCACCAAGACGUUCCUCCUCGGCCAAGACCGAGAGCGAGUCGGGGGAGGUGAAGAAGGCGAGCAUGGCGAAAGCCACGUCUGAAGCCAGUCAAACAAAGAGCAGCACAAACCGGACUUCUGCUACCCCCGGCACCCCAGGAUCUACAAGCACAACUCGUGCCCGUACCAGCAAACCUGCCACUUCCAGCUCCACCGUGCCCGAGAGGAAACCCCCGGUCCCACGGGCCCCGCGUUCCAGUGCUGCAGCUACCAAGGCCUCUCCCCGCCCUCGGUCCAGCCCAUCCCCUAAGCCUUCCCCCAGCCCGGACAUCAAGAACGCCCGCUCCAAGGUUGGCUCCACCGACAACAUGAAGCACCAGCCAGGUGGCGGCAAGAUCUCUACAACACAGGGCAGGCCUGAUCCUCUGGCAAAAGGAGAGACCAGCCAGGGCAAAGUUCAGAUAGUCAACAAAAAGCUGGACUUCAGCCAUGUCACCUCUCGCUUGGGCUCCAAGGACAAUAUCAAGCAUGUGCCCGGUGGAGGGAAUGUGCAGAUACUCAACAAGAAAGUAGACCUAAGCAAAGUGACAUCAAAAUGUGGCUCCAAAACCAAUAUUAAACACAAGCCAGGGGGCGGUGAUGCAAAGCCAGACUCUCGUAAAGGCAACACUAAAGAAAAGGCUCCGUCCAAAGCGGAGACAGUGGACAGCGUCAGUAAGGAAGCAGACAGCAGCCACAUUAAGGCUGAUACAGCACAGGCUACCAAGGGGGAUGCAGCUCUCUCUGGUGGCGACCCAGCUGCAGUCCCGGUUGAGUGUGCAGCCCAAGCGAACGGAGUGAACGAAAGCGCUCCCUGCGGGAGUGGAGGGCUGCGGGACGACCAGAGGCUCGACUCGCGCAUCCCUGAGACGAGCAUUUAAUCCUGCUUUAUGCUGUCACUGGACUCUUCUUGCCUAAGCCCCAACACCUCCUUUCUGGUUUCUCCCUCUCUCACCUCCUUCGUGUCUCUGUCUUUCCCUCUCCAUUUUCCUACCCUUCCUGCUGCAGAUUGAGUCUCGCAGGCUCAUAUUCCAUGGAGAACGCUGGGAACACGCAGGGACCAUGGUGAAGACACCCCCCCUCGUGGCCCGGCCAGGGCAGAAGUAUCCUCCCAAUUCCCACGCCCUCAAUGCAGCAUCUCUCUCCACGACUCCUCCAGUUCUGCCAGCUUCCUCCACUCCACACCUUCUUCUGCUCAAAGAAACAGAUUGGCAGGCAGUGGCACACUAUUAAAUUAUGGGACUUUAUUUUCCCCAUCUGUCAGUCCCCCUCCUCCUUAAACCUCAUCACCCAGUCUUCUGAUACCUUAUUGUCUCCAUAUGUGCGGACUGGUUGAACUCCCAUUCUCUCAGAGGCUCCAGCAGAUCAGGGCUUCAGCUGGUGAAGGAAGGAUAUAUUGAGGUACAAGACCUUGCUAUCUGAUGUAGUAAAUCUGUUUUUGGUUUGCAUCUGAAACAGUGCAUGUCACUGAAUCUCCCAGAGAGCCAAAGUCAAGUUAGUCUAUUGCUGAAGCCCUCUCUGCUUCUUACUUUCUAAAAGCUUCUGUCAGUCUCCAUAUAGUGGAGUUCCAACUAAGUGCAUGGUUCUUCUCCCACUGUAGUUAGUUUUCUUCAAUAUAGUGCUCCAAUGACAAAAAUAAUCAUAUUGCAUAACACCAAUCCUGUGUACACUCAACGUAUGUACAAAAAAAUCCCAUUUAGUCUCUGGUGGUGAAUUUAAUACACAGAUACAUGUAGACCUGUCCCUCCUGUUGUGGAUAUCCCAGGAUGCACCUGUGGCUUAUAGAGCAGACUGGCAAAUGUUGUAAACCCUUACGAGCAUGCAUGACCAUUGUGUGAUCCCAGUAACCAUGGACAAUUUCAUCCCUUUACCCCUCAUACAGGCACCCCUCUGCAACCUCACUUAGCCUCUUCUGGUCCAAUCAAUACACAAAUGCAACAAGUAGACUAAACAGUAUUAUAUAAAUGUCUUUCAACUCUGCGUUUGUUAUGUGUUUGAGUAAUUCCUGUAAUACUUAGCUGUCUUGUUCUAUUCUGUUUAGUUAACCUUUACUGUUUAUCUUUCGUCUUUAUUUAUUGAAUUGUCUAUAUCCUGGUUUUGGCCACUGCAGUUUAUGCUGGUUCAGUGAUUAUAUGUUGAAUAAUCAUCUAUAUUACUCCUUUAAUUAAGAAGUGUAAGUUCACAAGCAUCAGCUGAAGGAGCAUUCUACAUGUAAGAUAUGCAGUAGCAGUAAUAGACCUGCAACAUACAGUAGUUUAACAGUUUUGCAAAUAACUACUGGUGAAUAAAUUCAGAUUCCUUUCAUAGCUCUAUAGAACUGGAUGGCUGGAGGAAAAACUAUGAGUGGUGGAGAGUGUAACAGUAUGGUUCUCUGUUGCACUGCAAUAGGUUGGACUUUGGAGAAGUCCUCAAAUACACCUUUAAGAAAGCAGUUGACUUGGUUACAGAAAUGAGACAAAUCCAAGUAGGCCUUCAAGAUGGAAAAUUGUAAUUAGCUGUAGAUGAUGUAAUACAAUAUAAUGAGGAAAAAAACGAGGCAUUGAUGCUGAACGAGUGGGAGAAUUUUAUUAAAGUAUUUAUGCUUCAUGCUUUUAGUCAGCACAGUAUCACAGCAAAACCUUAUAUAAGCAUUUCACAUGGCGUGACUACAUAUCUGAAAAGGGGUCCGUUUCAUAUAGCUAAGGGAAACAUGAAAAGAGAUGGCCAGGGAAAGUGUGAAAAAGACCUGCACUCAAAAUUGUGACAGAACCACAUUUUAAUCUGUCGAAUCAUGAACUAGAAAUAUCCUUUGCAGGUCUUUUUCACAUUUUGCUAUGAUACUGGACUGGGGAAACAAAUCACGUUUUCCCCAAGCUGACAACGAACACUAUUUAAAAACUUUUUGAGCACAUGGGCAGAAAACGUAGGAUCUACUUUGGUGAGUACGUGUGGGUUUUACUUUUGUGAAAGGCUUGUUUGUUGUAGUUGACAUGUAGUUACUGCACUGGAUUACAGCUCUGCUGAGGAAGGCUGUAUGCAGAGGGUCGUCUGUGGAGAAUGUUUCACAUGUGCCUCUUUCCUUGCUCACCUGAAACUCGCAUAAGACAUGGGUGUACAGUGGAAACUGGAGCUCUGCUUUCUUCCAUGUCCAAUGCCAGAAAUGGACAACCUGAAUGUGCAGUGCUUGAAUGGAAAUGGGAGACUAGUGAACUUGUUUUCCUGUGACGCUGUCUAUCAGACUUUUGAACCAUGGUUUAAUUUUGUUAAGGCUAUUAUGUUAACCUGUUUUCCUUCCUUUUUUGGUUGUGAUAACUCAUGCUAAUGGGCUGUUUUUAAUGGAUCUGUGAAUACUUGGCAUUUAACUAAUUAAUGUUGUUAAUGGUAGUAAAAUACUUGGGUUUUACAUUAAUGUACCAAAUAACAUGAUUAUUACCACAGUGCAAGACAAUAAUAGUGUAAAAGGAGUUAGAAGGGCUUUGUGUUGUGUGGUGCAGAAUUUACUGCAUAGGACUAAAGUCUUGUUCUGUAGUGAUGCAGUGCGCUAGCAAAUUAGAGGAUAAUCCACCAUCUUGAAAACAUUCACAAGUAGUCUGUUACUCAUAAACCAGAGCACCAUUGUGAUUUAACAAGCAUUUGUAUUGGCCAUUUAAGACAUGCAUGUACUCAAAGUGUAAUGUUUUGCUGUUUUGAGAGUAAGCAUUGCCUGUUGCUCAUGUGUAGUUCAUCAGGCAGACUGUGUGUGUGUGUGUGUGUGUGUGUGUGUGUGUGUGUGUGUGUGUGUGUGUGUCAUCUUGAGCAUCUUUAACUCACCACAUCUAAACACUCCAUCUGUUAUCAGUCCUCUGGUCACUCGAGAAGGUGCCCACCAAAUGCUCUGUGAAGAAAACGAGAGGAGCUUUACAUUUCCACUGGGUCACUGCAGUUUAGGGUCGUCAUGGGAAAUGUCAUUGUUGGAACAAUCAGUACUGAGCUAUUGAACAAAAGCAUCACAUAUGGCACCUUAUGCUGGAAAAGCUUGACUAUAAUAUGAUAAUCGAAAGUGUGCUGUCAUUAAUCGAUUUAUUUUGGCUGCAGGUGGAGCUACAAUUGCUAAUGAAGGAAAUCCAGUCAUUGUACAGUGACUGUUUAUAGAGAGGUUGUGCUGUACUAUAACAAUUAAUGAUCAGCCUGCUCUUAUUGUGAGGGUGUGCAUUGUCCAGCUUUAACUAUAUGGAAAACACAUAAAUGAAUAAAAAUGCAAAUAGAAAAAAAAAUUAAAAAUGCAAUUUUUUUUUUUUUUUUUUAAAAUACUGAAGAUGUUAUUUUGAAUAAUAGAGAUUUGUAGAUAUUUCUAAAUCAGCUAUUUCCUGGUGCAGCAGUAUUUUCAGCAGUUGCUGUAGGCUUAUGUCCGCACUGGAGUUUUCGCUCUUGUUGCUAAAUGUUGUGCCUCUGGUUCCACAUUCAAACACAGCUAUACGUUCUCCUUGUGCCUGUGUAUGGUCACAUUCACCAAUCUUCCCUAGUCCUCCUGAUGUUAUGGGUCUAAUGUAGAUGUGCAACUUUUUUCUUUGUGUAUGAAAAGGAAACUCUGCGAAGGUUAUGCAGAUGCGUAAACUUUCAUGAGCUUUGGGGCUAUUCCUGCAAAGUGUUUUCUGAAAUUCAGCAAAGAUGCCUUUAGUUUCAGAACAGGCAUAAGUGGAAGAAUGUUUUAAAAUAUAAAUGUAUUAAUGAAGCAAUAUAAGUGCAUAUGUGUUUAUAUAAAUACACUCCCUUUGUCCUCCAUUUACAUCAUACAUUAUACACCAUGUAUUAAAUUCUAUUUUUGUUUGAAAAAAUUGUGCUGAACAUCUGUCUUAUAUCUUGAGCGGACUGAAAAUGCUGAUGAUUCAUUUAUUUGGGGGACUUCAAAGGUAGACCUAUCCAUCUGAUAGAGAGCCUACCUCCUGGGUCACUGUUGGUCACUGUUGACAUGAUUUGGACUAGACUAGUUCAACAGCUUUUGAUUUCUUAGUUUUCAGCAGCAUUGCCUAACCCUGUUACACACUACACACAUAGAUCUUUCAAAGACAACCCAAGGUAUGACAAGUGUAGAACCAAUAGUGUAACAUACAUUUAUAUUUAUGGGUAUUUUAUGUUGUUCUUCCAGCCAUGUCUUUGGAUGGUAUGCCCAUGAGGAUCUAAGGAGGGCUAAUAUAGUGUGUGAGAGAGUUUGUUGCAUUCAGCCCAUCAACAGUUAAAGCCCAUAUCUGUAAUAGAAUUUUUAAGUCUUUUAAGUGCAUAAUUUAUUGCCCCCCAUUCCCAAUAGGUAUACAGAUGUGUAUGUGUGUAUGUUGAGGAAGAGUCUAAAGUGUACAAGAUGCACCAGUCUCCUCAGCUCCAUUUAAAUAAUCAGAAAAGGGGUGGGAAUGGAUGUGUAGUGUCUGAGGUGGUCGCAGUUGCCAAAGGAAAGACGAACUGUUAAGAGUCCAGAGAGUUUGUGAGGAAGCCUGUGUUUUUCUGUGGUGAUCAAGGGGUACCGUGCGCCUUCCAAUAAAGCAGUAAUAAAGUAAGGCUCUCCUUUACAAUUAGCCCCUGCAAAAUGUGGGUAUUUACUAACAGAACACACUGCAAGACCAUGCUGAAGACAGUUCAGCCAAGUCUAUUUGCUAUUUGCGUGCUGGUUUUUUUUUUUUUUAUUAAGAUGUCUGUGAUUGUUAUUAGUGAUGUGACCAUUAAACAAAAUUGAAACA